CUGAGCUGGCAUGCACCCUUCUGCGCCCAGCAUAUCAACUAAGGGGCAGUUGAGAUCACCAAAUUUUUUGACGACGUGGUUUAUUGGAACCUCCUUUGCACGCACUGAAAAAUCGCAUCAUAAAAGUAUCGCACUUCCAGUAACUUGGGCGAAAAUAUUUUCCCAGCGUAGUCUAACACAACUGGUAAGUUCCUCACCUUUUUUUGCGUUUGGGGAGAGUAACGUUAGAAUACCUCGGGUAGGUCUUACGAGUCGUUCGUACACCCCACGUUCUCGGAUGAGUUGUUUUGGAUUCUCAUUAGCCGUCCUGUAUGUACAGGCAAACUACCGUGGCGUCCUUGCACUUCCCUGCGAUGCCAGCACGGCAAUCGCAGCUCCCCGCUAGGAUUCGUCUCCUGUUGCCGAUCUUCAAGAAUCAAUGUCACUUAUAAUUUCAUGCGUCCACUCCGUAGAUAACGAAGUAACUUACGCUGAGCUUCACACAUCUCGCUGGUGCGUUAUUUUUCGUUUGCGGAAUACACCUAGCAGUCACUUCCGAUCAGUGUGAGUUGAACACUUCCAUCACGUCGUAGACGUGCCCCACUUAGAAUGGACGACUUCCUUUCUCUAAAUUCGUUUCACGAAAAAACCUGUCAAGAUCUUGUAAUUCCCAAAACCCAGUUAAAAUUAAUAUCGGCAUGAUGGUUCGCGCCAUCGCUACCGUUUGACAGGGCGCCAAACACACAGCGCGAGCUGCUGACGCCGUGAGUAAUCCUACCGCAUUCGCGCAACUAUUCGUCAGAUGGCGCUAGGGGUCGGAAAGACAGGGCGCCGCCUAGCACUUGCAACGUGCCCUAUUGCAGAAAGCAUAGAAGGCUUGACUACCGGGCCAGUUGGUACAUAGUUGAAGAAAAAAAAAAAAGAAACCGUCACAAAAGACACAGGACAAGAAGCGAUUUUCACACCACAACGAUUGUUACAUCGUUAUCCACGUAACAAAAGCACCCUCUGAUCCAUAGAGUUAGUAGAACAACUGAUCAAAACGUGGCUGUAGUUUAGUCGUUGUGGUGUGAAUAUCUCUUCUUGUCCUGUGUCAUUUGUGACUGGUUUUUGUUUUUUCUUCAAGAAAGCAUAGAGUUUCCUACAAUAAAAAGAAACUCUAUGGCUGAAAGCAAGUAACUGCUGCAAUAGCUGUAUCAAAUAAUCCAUACCACAACAUUUGAGCUUGCUGCAAACCUUAAGAAAAGAAACAGAGCAGCGGUAAGCGCAAAAUUGUUUUUUUUUUCGAUGUAAUGAAUGGUAAUGAGAAAACGCACGUUCCUGUAAAAAGCGGGCGUCUUCUGAACACUUUGGCCGAGCUGGCGCGGUGGUCGUGCUUGAUAUGAACCAAUACGAACGCUGUUUUUGGAAAUCAAUAGAUGGUAUACUAAAGCCUGGAAGUUCGAAUUAAUUGUGGCACGGUGUCAACGGUGUCGUGACUCGUGGGCUUUAUCCUCUUAUCAUUGAGUUCUUCCGCACAGAAGAGAGCUCGCGCGCGGCCGCGCCAUGCCGCGCAUGCGCGCGAGUACGUAUUGGUUUGGAGUUGACGGAACUCGCGCGCGGCUGUCCAGCAACCAAGUGUUAUUGGUGUUAUGUCGGUUGUCGCGAGCAUUGCGAGUGAGCUCGAGCCCACUUUGCGUUUGCAUUUUCGCGCUUUGCUUCACCACGGGACAAGUGCUGACUGAAAACUUCCAUCGUGGCGUAAUGCCAAGUUCGCUCUUGAAUGGUGCACAGUUUGUCGCCGCGGCGUAGUGACAUCCCGCGACAGUUAUGUUCGCAACGCUUCCUGACAGAAACAGCGGUUGCCAUGGACUGUCGUCCAAGCCACUUUGAAACAAAGCCAUGGAUCUUGUUGAACCUGAAAGGGAGUGCCUGCAGUUCUACAUUGACCCUGGUGAACUGCCACAAGAGUUGGCAGGUGCUGUCCAAGCAAUAAAACAGGCAGCCGAAAGUGUCCUGUUUCGGUGGAAGAAAUUUCCCCUGCGCCUGCCAGCACCCGUCUUUGAUCUUCCGCCUGCUUUGCUCAGCUCUGAUGGAGAUGGCCGCAAGACUCGCACAACCAGCCUGCGGGAUGUGUUCACAGCACCAAACUUUGAUGAGGCCGAUGCCGUGGUGCGGGAUGCCAAGGGUCGGCCGCCCAAGCUGGACCAGACACAGCUCCGCUCCAUCCAGGACCGUGGGGAGUUUGAGGUAGGCAGUCGUGUUUUCCCGGGAUGCACCUACCGCUGGCGGCUGAGCCGUGCAGUCCAGAGUGGUCGGACGGGCACGUGGCAGGUGCUACUGCGGGAUGUGGCACUGGCCCUCCGCCUGCUGCUGGUCACAGCUCGCAACCGCCUUGGCCACCCACACUUCCUCAGCCUGUGGGCUGCAGGAGCUGCCCUAGCACGAGCCUCCUUCUUGCUCCUAGAUGCCCUGGUUGGACUGCCCUCUGUGUCGGCCACUCUGCUCGUGUCCAGGCUGCAAGAGGAACGGGUCAAGCAUCUCGUUGCUGAGCUCACCAUCGAGGCGGAUGCGGAGAACCAGCUGGAGCAGCUGUGCCUGUUUGUGCGCUACCAAAUCAAGAAGCAGACAUUUGAGAAGUGCCACAUUGGGGAGGAGAGGCUACCAACUGUGCCUUACGUCUACAAGACACCCAAAGGCCAGAUGAUUGACUUGCGGCUCUACAAUGCUGAGCUGCUGCGAAGUGCCAUGCCGUUUCUGGUGCACAUCUUGGAGAGGGAGCUGCGUGGCUGGUUCCCUGCUUUCCGGGAAGCCCUGGUGGCAAAGCUUAGAGCAAAAAAACUGUGCGACAGUGACAUAGAGAAGCAAGCCAAAGUGGCCGUGCAGGAUGAGUAUGUGCGGCGUGUGUCGGAGGCAGUGGGUCGUGACCCAGCCCUGGAGAGCCUGGCGCCGGGCCUGGGCCAGCUUCUCGCUGAGCAGGCCCAAGCAGCUGUGCUUAUCCAGCGGGCUCUGGAUGUUGUGCAAAACCGUACUGCACAAUAUGUGGCUCAGGAGAAGGAACGGCUACAAGCAGAAUUUCCUGUGCUCUCCUUGAUUGGCCCAUGGCUGCGCAGUCAGCUUUAUGAAGUUCAGUGCCACUUGGAACGCGAGCACUGCCUGGAGGCCCAUGAGACGGCGCUGGCACUGUGCCGGGAGCGGGGCCUUGCCCAGGCUGCCUACUUUGUGGCACGCGACCUGUCAUUCCUGCGGGAACAGGCCCCUGCACUGGCUGCCGAGCUGGCGCGGCUGCGCGCUCCCACCCGAACAUUCACCUGGCAGACGCACGUGUGGAGGCCCUCCCAGUGGCAGGUGCGGCGCGUGGGCGGCCCCUUGGGCCCCGAGCCAACAACAGGGGACACCCUGCUGCUGGGUGAACGCCCCACGUAUGUGGCCGAGAAGCAGAACACCCGACUCACCUCCACACGGCUGCCCCUGUGGCGCUGGGGCAACUUCUGCCACCGAGUUUGGGCGCACACCUGCAAUGCCAUGUUCCUCCUCGGGAUCUUGAUACCAUGGUGCAGUCCCCUGAGCUUGCGCAGCCUGGUGCUUCCCCGUCCCUUCAUGUCAGACUUCGAGGUCAACCAGGAAGAUGGGAGACUUCAACCGCGCAAGUCAUCUUCCACGCAGACACUUUGCUCCCGACUACUGUCCCUUUGGAGGCACAUCUCCAAGUCAAGAACAGACUUUGAAUCUCAACCAGACUCUGGCUUUGUGGGCAAAGGACUUAGCCGGCAAGUGAACCGUGCCUGGAACUACCUUGUCAAGGGCCUAGUGGGUACGGUGCUGCUGGUGCUGGUCUUUCCCGUGCUCUCCUUGGUCGUCUGCUUCACAUCCCUUGUGGCGGCACUUCUGGCACCCCUCUGGAUGCCGUGUGUCAUGCUUGCCUUCCACCUACUGAUGGUGCUUGCCUAUGACUUCGACUCACCAAGCCCUGAGCGCAACCGUAUCUGUGUGCUGGGUGAGGCCAUCCUCUGGCAAGGGCUGGUGCUGGGUCUCCUUCAGCCAAUUGCAGCGGCUGUCAUAGCCCUGGUGCUGUGUCCCAUCGCAGCUGGCUUCAUUCUCUUGGUUGCGGUGCUUCGGUGGGGAGCAGUGCGCUGUUGGGAUGCCCUGUUGUUUCAUGGUGUGAUCAAGCGCCGGGCACGGGUGCCAGUGGGCGACAGCUGGAUGGUGACCCGUGUGGCAGGACCUGGACUUUCCCAGGACCACCUUUACCAGAUAAGCCCAGAUCAAGCCCUAGCAGCGUUCUUGGCCAAAGUUGAAUUGGAACAGCUCUCCAUCUACGGGCAACAGACAGAACAGCAAAUAUUGGAGCCUCUAAAGGCCUACGACCACUUUGUGGAGCAGUGCUUCAGUCCCUUUGCAUCCGCAUUGGCACGAGACAAAAGUCCCUACAGGGACCUAGAGGCUGAGUUGAACAACAUGGUGUCAGCUCUCAAGGCAGAAGUGGACAAGCGCAAGCGUGAACUGCAACUGGGCCUGGGCGUGGGCUGCCGCCAGCGGACACGCAUGACGGCUGCGGGCCUGCACUCGGCGCUGGUCGCAGGGUCCAGUUUGGCCCAACAUCUGCUGCCCCAGCUGCCCUCAGCUCACUGGCAGGACCGGGGGCUCGAGGAGAAGGACUGGCUUGGCUUGGCUGCCCAGCUGUACUCUGAAACCUUCUCGCCUGAGUUCCUGGUGCCCUUGCUGGAGGAUGACGUGGCCUUUGCACUUCAGGUGGUGGAUGUGGACCUGACAAAGUACAGAGAGCUUGCACAGACACAUGGAGCUGUGGACCUCGACACCUCCAGGGUUGUCCACCUUCCCAAAGGAAAAAUCCACGUACACACUCCUUACCUGGAUCCAUCUGCAUUCAACCCACAGUCAUCGACUGCUUCCCACACAACCACGUCCAAAACAAAAAGAGCCCCAUGGAAGCGGCAAGAAGGCGGCAGCGAACGGCCAAGUCUUCCCCCGGCUGUUCCCCACCCUGCCAAGAUUGCACUGAUCAUCUUCAACCGCGAGAAUGAAGACCCGAUACCAUUGGACUCAGAUGCCUGCCAGCAGGUCCUUAAGGCUGUCUACAGUGGAAGCAGCACUGCACAGCCCGUGGGGAGCAGUGGAGCCAGCAGCAGUGGCACACCCAGCAUCCAGAUGACGCCGUCGGCCGAGGAUGUCAGCCUCGAGCCGCAGGGGCAGAGGGCCACAUACACCCAUGGGGGUCCGCACAACAGCACUUGCGUAUGACAGGCAGCCCCUGGCGACUUUGGUUGGACAUGACAUGGUUUGUCAUCUCCAGCUUCAUGACACUGUUGCGACCUGCGUCUUUGCAUGCAUAUGAGCUGUCAUGAGUUACGCGUACUUGAAACGGCUUUCACCCAGUCCGUUUAGGAGGCCCAGUGGGGUCUUUUGCAUCCACUCAGGCAACCACAGGAAUGGCACUUACCGCCCGCCUGGACACCAAAUUGACAGCUAAUUUUAGCGUUAAACAAGUACCACAAGCAGCUAGCAUUAGCAGCUAGUUAAGAUACCAAGACAGAGGAUAGCAGGAAGAUAGAGAAUUGAAGAAGUCAUCAGCAGUGUUUGAACAAGGGUUGUUGCUCGAGCCAAUGUUUCAGCAAGUGGACUUUGUCAGGGUAACAGCUUGUAAAAGCUACAGCCCUGAUGAAGACAAGUCCACUUGUCAGAACAUUGGCUCCAGAAACAUCCUUUCUUCAACCACUGUUGGUCACUAGCAGAUCAUGUUUAUUUACAACAUGUACAAAAGUGAGGUAUUGUCCACUUAAAAGUCAGGCUUGUGAAUCAUUGCAAUGAAACCAGUUCUUCAUGAAAGGCAGUAAUUCCUGAGUGAGAGCAUUGUUUUAAUCCCUCCAGAAUUGGUUGCUCGACAGCUACCAGAUAGAAUGUCAAAAGCUUCCGAAUGUGACACGAGGUGCACUGCGUCGAGUAUACAUGCGGGCCAGUGUGUUUUCUCAAGAAUGUGCACCUCCUUGUGGAGCUGUGCUGGGGUUAAUAUCAGUACACAUAUCGGAUUGUUCUGGUUCUCAAAUCUAUGAUCCAUAAAGUAGUAAAGCAAAAGUGGUGAGCCAUUCCAGAUUCAUGUCAGCGCUGUGCUGGCUGUAGUUGUGUGGUGUGGCGCAUGUAAAGCACUCCGAAUCUCAUCAUCAUCACAGUAUGCACUGAGCUAAGCAGCUGUGUCAUGUAUGUGGAUUAAGGCAUGGUAUGUACCCUCUGGGUAUGCUGCCUUGUUGUUGAAGGGGGCAUGUAUUGCUGCUGAUACAAUUGUUUCCUUUAAUUCAAGAUAAAUUAAUCUUAUUUGCUUUUUAAUUUCACCCUGUACUAAUGGCUCAGAGGAAGCCAUUAUUUUUAAUGUGCUUUCAAUUUUAACAUCAGUUUGUAUAAUAAUCCAGGCCAAUUUUUCAUGUCUCAUAAUAGUUGAAGUUCACUGUAUUGCAUCUGGCAAUAGGUAAAUAGUCUGGAGGCAUUGCCUCUGAAUCUAGCUCAUCUUCACAUGUGCUGUUGCAUGAUGGUAAACAAAACAGGAAACCCAUGUAAACUAAAGAGGCAGCGUUUGUGCAAGUGACUGUGUGAUAGAACAUUUUCAUUUUUGUCAAGUGGGUGGUACGUUCGGCCAGGCUCUCAUUGUACAGAGCCUUGUAAAAUGCAAAGAACAUGCAACAGGCGAAAGGACGCAUACUGUCUAUAUGGUGUUGACACUGGCUAGUGUUCUCUCCUUUAGGCUGUUAUGACAGCUUGCACCAGGUAAAGCAUUUCUUUCUGUACCACACUUUUAUUUGACUUUGUAAUCAUAGUCGGCAAACACAAGCAAAGUGUCUUCACAUGUGAGUAGGUAGUUGAAAAAUACCUGUUUCAUAUUUCUGUUGUGCCUCUGUCUGCAUGUCAAGCUGUGCAUGCACAUUCUGGUUAGUGCAAAUAAAUAUGAAGUUGCUGUCACCGCCUGGCUACAAAACAUGCGUGUAUGCAACGACUCCUGGGAAUGCGCUUCCUAUGUAUUUUUGGCAUGAUGUCGCCUGGGGUCACAGUGUACGAUGGCCCACUCUAGUACCAGUCAAAAUGUGGUUCAUGUGAUUAGCAACUGCAGUUUUAUUUUUUUCCCCACAGGAUGGAAUAGUUGCACUAACAGUCAGUCUUAGAUGCAUUGCAUGCCACCUGACACCAAUGGUUGUAGUUUUUGCCAUCAAGACACUGUUCACAGUGUGCUUGCACUAAGACAGAGUUUUAACUUUGCAUGAUAUGCAAUAUGUUACCCCAAUACAUUAGGGCUACAGCGCAUGUGUCACCUCUCCAUGGUAGCACAGUAGACAAGCAAAGAGAUGUUCCAGCAUACCGGCAUCGCAUGCUAAACCUGAGAAUUAAUGAUGCAGUGAAGAAGUAGGCUUUCAGCAUGUUCCUCAUUGGCGACGCAUCAGCAACAUUUAUGCUGUAGUGCUGCCUGCUAGGCAUCAAUAAAACGGCUUUUCAGGCUCCAUUCAGGCUCUAUACUGAGUCCUAGCUUUGUCAAAACAAACAACUAAUCUCAAUAAUAUCGUCAAAACAUUGCUUUGUCAUCAGCAUGAGAUGAGGCUGAGAAGUGGCUUAUGUUGCCAUUUAUUUCUUGUUUUCGUGACAGGAAGCAAGUAGCAAGCACAAAUCUGGAUCAAAGGGGGUGGUCUAGGCUGUCUGGGAGCUGCCAUGUUGUUAGGCAAUCACAGUAACCAGUGGUCGCCAUGAUGGUUGUCCACAGUAUAGGACACACAUGCACAGUGGGCCUAACAUAUUACAGUGACAUAUUGCAUAUUGCACAGAAUUUAAAUUCUUCAGUGCUCCACACUGAUGAAUACACAACAUAAGUUUUAAUAAGGAUGUUUUGACAUAUUUCAGGCACCAACAGCAGAAUGUUUGAGCAGGCACCAUUUGUCGUUAAAGUAAGCACUUGUGUUGCUUCCAUAUUUUGUCCAAGUCCGGUAUCGUGAUUACUUUUUUGUUGUUGCAGUGCUUAUUGCAUUGAGCCAGAGUCUGGUAGAAUCAGGUUCCCAUUUUGUUGCUUCAUAACUUUUGCCUCAAACUGUCACACCUUGGCAGGUGAAGCAUGUUUCAGCAGGCACUGUGCCAUUUUCCCCAGUAUUAACAGCAUUGUGAGGUGGUCUCGCCUUAUGUGUCAAUGUGAACUACACGAGUGCUUUAUUUUUGCCCAAGUAAGUUGACCACUAAUUUUAGGAUAGUGAAUGAAGUCUUUUUUAGAUACUGGGCAGCUUUAAAACUUGUCUAUCUACAAGAUUGUACAUUUUGUCUUUGGGAAAUAAGAUCUACUACUCUUUGUUUAGUUAGUCAUCCUCGGAGGCCACUACUAAAAGUUAUCUAAAGAUACGAAGGAGGCAGUACAUUUGAGAGGCUGUUGUGGUGCGUGUAGGUUCAUUGCCACUUGGGUUUGAGAGAGCCCCAUGUCCGACUUUUUUUUUUUCUUUUCUUUUUUUCGAUUAAACUAUUUCUAGCUGCCUGGACACACUAUUCCCAAAUGCUGCACUGAGGUAUUUUGGUUCUUACUGCAUACUAUAUUUUAUUCAAAUGUGCACAAGCCAGCUUAGCACCUAGAAGUUUGUUUCUGCCUGUGCUUCGUGCUGUUGAAGUGGACUAAUCAUACCUGUAAUUUUGCACUCAUUAUAGCAACAGUGAUGUGUGGAUGACUGGUAACCGAAUGUGUUUUGUCCAUACUAUAAAGGAACAGGCGCCUAGUUGAAGGAAGUGCUUGUCAGAUCUUUGGUGCUGCCUGUCCGGGUAGACCUGCUUGUCACUGCCAUUUCCAGCAUUUUGCACUAAAAGCAAAGUUGAGCUAUUGUUUACCACGAGCUUGACCCUGACUGCAUGUAACGAAGUGCUGGGUCUUCGCUGGGCGUCUUCAAUUAAAGAAGCUGAUGGGUUUGUGACUUCUACUGAAUGCUGUGUGUGUGAGCACGUGUGUGGCACACAAAUUUUGAAUAGGUGCUUUUUUUCUCAUGUGCAACAACUCCAGGUCCAUUGAUUAAGAGUAAAACAAUGGUUGGGCCUGCUGAUCAGAAACUGCGAGAGUUCUGAGAAGCGGUACAUAGGCCAAAGCAGGGCUUUUUUCAUGCCCUGCAGAUCUUUCAUGAACUUAUCUGCAGAUCAGAAGGUCAGGAAGUGGUGGCUUACCUGGUGGUGUAGAACCUGAAAUGAAAGUACAUGACACUGGGAAAGGAUCUUAUGCUUCUUGUUUAGAGCUUUGAAGCUGCUUUACGCCCUUUAAUUAGCGACUGGAUUUGUCUCUGGGAAGUGUUUAUUGUGCCUAUGUCUCAGCCACUCAUCUUCAUGGGGUCGGGUAGGAUUAAAGCUAGACCCUGCUGCAGACCAGAAAAAUUUUACACUUUUGCUUUUGUGACUUUAUCUUUCCUGAAGUAAUGUGAUUCCACCUUCAAAUAUGACAUAAAUUGCUAUCUUCUCAUCAUUCCUCACAUCCUGUGGCAAAAUUGUUUGUUGGACCACGAACAGUUAACUCAGUAUUAAAUGCCCCCCUUUUGUUAAUUUUUUGUUUCUUUCUUUCUUUUGUAAGGAAAAGAAAUUGUUCUUUAAAAAUAAUUAAUUGUGUAGAAGGAGAAAGAGACUUGCCCUUGGUGAUGCUAAACAUUUUUAAGCAUUAUUGAGAGCUGUUGGUUCAGUUGUUUCAUGAAAGCUUCUUCUGGCCCUCACUUAUGUGGACAAAUCUCUCAUCCAAACGCAGAAUGAAAUAAGAGAACUCUCAUCGGGCAACCUCCUGCAUCAUUUGCUUCGAAAUAUAUUUUUAAAUUGGGCUGCUGUAUAUCACUGCUCUUUUCUUUUUAUUAUUAUUUUGUACUGCAGGGCUACAGGUAGCACGAAACAGAUGGGAAAAGAUGCUAAAUGGUAGAAGGGAAGGGACCACCAAAAGUCCUGGCAUAUAUACCGAAUGUUGCCUCAAUAACAGCUCCAGGUAUGCAAGACUGUUCCUACUCAAUCUCUUUCUGAUCGCCACUCAAAAUUUAUACAGAAGUUCCAUUGUGUAUGAAAUGUAGUUUGAUACCUAAUUUAUGGGCAUUACUUACCAGUUUUGUACACAGUAAAUUUGAUGCGCAUAUUGUCUGGAACGACACCACUCAAAACAUGAUGAUUUUGCGACAAUAAAAUUGGCACCAUCUAUUGCCACUAUGGCAAAACAGCACAAAUGAUAUGCCACUGGGUGGGAGUGAGAAAGAAGAAUUUAUUGCGUGAAUUUAAAAAAAAUGUUUUCUUUGUGUAUAGUUCAUUAAGUUGGCUAACAUAAACCGAUAUUUGUGGUACUUUAGAUGUAACUUCAGUUAGCGCCGCAGUUCUCCCUCUCAAUACAAGAUCUCUCUUUUACCAUACCAUUUCCCUGCCUCUGCCCACCCAGCGGCACGUCUCGCAUACUGUGUAGCGGUGACAGAUGGCACCGCCUUUAUGUUGCAGCAUCAUUACCAGUGGCAUUAUUCCAAAUGAUGCGAGCAUCAGUUUUAUUGUUAUGGAACUGGUAAGUAAUGCCUACAAAAGUGGUAUAAACUAACCUUUAUGCAAAAUGGUACCUCUGUGUGGAAUUUGAGCUAAGAUCAGUCAGUGGUCUAACUGGAAAAAUCAUGUAUACCUGGAGCCGCUGUUGACUGGAGUGUGCCUAAUUUUAAACUGGAAAAGUAUGUGCAAACGUCUUACUGCAGGCAUGAAAAUAGCCACAUAUAUUGAUCUGCCAUUAUGUCGCACAUAGGCUACAAUCUGCGUUACACAUGGUUUUGUUAUUUCCAAGUGAAGUCCAGUAUUAGCAUUGGGGCAGCAUUCUCGCGCCAUUGCUUUUGGAGAUGGCGUCACUUUUGCGAGAUAUUGUGAGACUAGGCACUGGACACAUCAAAGUAUAUGGCUCACAGGGCUCUUAGAACUGUACUAAGAUAGUAGUAAGCUUUGCACAGCGCCAGAAAUGUUGUUGGCCGUAUAGUACAUGGAAGCGUCUGGUGCAGAGUCAUGUGAUAUCUCGCGAAAUCGAAACUAUCUCGUAGAGUGAUCAUCCGCGAACGCUGCGCCUGUUUCCAAUUUAUUUAUGGUUGUUGUCCAUGGUGCACCUCUUGUGCAGCAUCUGCAGGUCAUGUUGAGGGCAUUUGGGACCACAGUUCGAGAAAAGCUUGUUCACAGGAUUCAUAAGACUAAAAUCUCCCUAAAACAUGUUCCAAUCAUGGCAAAGGGACCUCUGUCUAUAUCUUGAGAGUUGAGAGAGACAUGUUAAAAUGUCCUGACGUUUUCCGAGUAGAACAGGUGUGUUAUUAUGUGUGAACGUUUGAAGAUUAAUUCCUAUGGUGUUUGAACGAGAAGAAUGGGGGUUAACGGAGGGGCACAAUUUUUAUUAAUCAUAUCAUGAGAAGCCAACAAACAAAGAUACCUGCGAUGUCUUUGUUGGCUUCUCAUGAUAUUCCUAUGGUGUUUGUUAGAUAUAUUGUCUCUCAAUGUGCUGUAUCAGGUAUAGUUUUGCGGAAGUUCUUGUCUCCGUUUAUAUGAAAAAAUGUGUAGGCCCUUUUAAUCACACAACCACAUUAAUAAUAAAUGUCUUGAUUUUUAAGGACUUCAUUCAACUGAAAGGGGACAAAAUAAAGUUUUGCUGCAGUACAUCACUAUAAUGAGCUUCCUUAUUGAAAUGUUGCAGGUCUUAUGUGAGUUUACUACUUUAUCAUUCCCCCAUGUUUAGGGCAAUGCAUUUGCUCUCAGUCAUCCCCAUAAAGCUUGGUGCAAUCUGUUUUGCCUGCACAAGAAUUUUCAAUUCAUUUAACAAACAAUAAAAAAAAAGGAAUAGAAGAUGGAAAAGACAGGCAGCUGCUUGUACUUCUUUUAUGUCUCACACUUCUGUUAUUGCCGGAUGAAAAAAUGAAAAUGGACUGCCAACCAGCCCAAUGUUGCACUUUUUGCACAGAAUUUCCUUCUUUUAACUGCUGUAGACCAUCUUUUUGUAAUUGAAUUUUAUUUUAAGUUUAUAUAAUAUGAUUAACCUUUUUUUAUUUUUCAUGUCAUACUAUGGGAUUACUAUAUAGGGACCAUUAGAAUUAUCUUCAGCUUUAUAACCUUUAUAACUUCACUUUAUAAAGUUAUAAAGGUUGUACAAAAAGGCUUAAAUUAUAACUUAAAACAGCCAGGAUCACUGAUAUGUUCACAUUUUUUGCAUUGUGUUCCUGCUUUUGGAGGACUUGAGUAUGUCCGCAGUGUUUGUAUUGCUCUAUUGCUCUGCACGUUGGCAUUUGAAGAUGACAUGCACAUACAGGUGCAGACAAAAUUAAUUGGAACAUGAGCUGUGGCCAAACUGCAUCCCAGUGCUCUCGAGCAGCAGCCUCUGGAGGAAGUUUGAAAUUGGAGCACACAUGAGCACAGGCCAGUGCUGAGAGUCAACUCGCAACUCUCUAAAUGUUUCUUUACCCAUAGAAUGAAGUGUUGUUCACAACUUCUGUGGCUGAACGCUCGCUAGUGUGGUGGCGCAGAUAGCACAGCUGUUUCUGCAGUUCGCAUGCAUUAGACAUGUUCCCAUGGCAUAAGCCAGUUUGACACAAUGAUGACACAAUCCACUGUGACACAUGGCCAUGACACUCCCAACUUCCUCCCAGGGCUGCAAGAGGGCACUGGGAUCCAGUUCGGUCAUAGCUCUCGUGUUCCAAUUACUUUUGUCCACGCUUGUACAGUUUCAGAAAGAGAAGAUAAUAGAAUUGUGGCCACAUAUGAAGGAAAGAUCACUGUUUGUCACUGCGAGUACAUCAGGCCCCUCAAUUCUGCAUUGCACUACAUUUUACCAAACGUGCAAGUGUCAUAAUAACUUGAACUUUUCUGUUGUGCAAUAUGUGCAGUGCUGUCAUAUAUGGCAGGAAACAUUGUCUUUAUUCUUGAGUUGGGGUCGCCAGACAUAUGUACCAAAUUCAAAAAAGCAACGUUUUGCUGAUUCCUCAUCAGGAAAACUGCAUAGCAAGUCAAAAAGAGAUGUUUGGAUUCAAUUGUUGAUUGAAUGUUCGCUGCCAUAUCAGACUGUGCUGCACAAUACAUGUGUUCGCUAUGCCACUUUGUCUGUGUGUGUGUGUGUGCAUAUGUGUGUCCAUGAAAAACAGAACUGAACCUAGAGCUGCUUUUGAUCAGCAUUCAGCGUAACACAUCAAAACGGGUGCUGCUUUAUUUCAUAUUUUAUUUAAUUUUUCCAUUGCACAUUAGAAAUGUACAGUACUUAGCUAGUGGUGUAAUUUGAUCAAAAGAGCACAUUGUGCGCAGUUGUCAUGGGAAGUGGCGGUAUGUACAUCAUGCCAGAUUUUUACAAGCAAUAUUGGUGCGAACACUCUCACAAUACAUGGCGGGAGUUGCUGUACUAUUGCAUUAGAGUGACACUGUGUGUGUACAUAUAUGGCUUUGUGACAGUGUUUAUGUGUGUGUACAUAAAUUUUGAAUAAACAACAUAUUUGCUAGUA